GCCGCCGGCAUGAACAUGACGGAACCUUGCUCGACAGGCAUCGGCGGUGACAUGUUCUGCCUCUACUACGAUGCCUCGACCGGUAAGGUCUCGGCACUGAACGGCUCCGGACGUGCGGGCGGCAAGUGUACGCUUGAGAACGUCCGGAAGAGCCUGGAGAUCCCAGAGGGCACCGUGGGCAAGAUCCCAAUGAACAGUGUUCACGCUGUGACGGUACCUGGUGCUGCCGCUGGCUGGGUCGAUACCGUCGAACGGUUCGGUAGUGGCAAGUUGACCAUGGAGCAGAUUCUCGCACCGGCGAUCGAGCUUGGCGAGAAGGGAUUUCCUGUUUCUGAGAUGACGGCUUAUUUCGUAAGUUUGAGAGUAUCGUCAAGUCCUCGUUAUUACUCGCUCUAACGGUCAAACAGUGGGGAAGACAGGAAAAGGGCAUUCGCGAAGCCUCUCCCAAUUUCGCUGAGAUGCUGAAGGCCGAUGCCACCUCCCCAGACAGGGUCCGCGCUCCCAAGGCCGGCGAAAUCAUCAAGCUUCCCAACCUCGCCAAGACCUUCCGCACCCUGGCCACAGAAGGCAAGAAGGGCUUCUACAGCGGCCGCAUCGCCGAGGAACUCGUAAAAGUCGUCAACGACCUCGGCGGCCAUCUCGAGCUUGCCGACCUUCAACACCACCUCGAAACCGGCAGCGAGCCCGUCGAGCCCAUCUCCCUGAAAUUCCCCAACCCGCACGGCACCUCCGAAACCGACGGCGUCGAGCUCUGGGAACACCCUCCCAACGGCCAAGGCAUCGUGGCCCUGAUGGCCCUAGGAAUCCUCAAGCACCUCAUCAAGCAGGGCACCAUCCCAGCCUUCGGGCCCUCCGACCACAACACCGCUCCUUACCUGCACGCCAUCGUCGAAGCCCUCCGCAUCUCCUUCGCCGACGCCUCCUGGUUCGUCACCGACCCCAACGUCGCUCCCGGCGUCCCCACCUCGCAGCUCAUCUCGGCCCCCUACCUCGCCGAGCGUGCCAAGCUCUUCUCCUCAUCCUCCGCCAACACCUCGAUCCUGCAACCGGGCGACCCCUACGCCUCGCCGGCUUUGACCUCCUCCGACACCGUCUACUUUGCCUGCUCCGACUCCCAAGGCAACGCCAUCUCCUUCAUCAACUCCAACUACGGCGGCUUCGGCACCUGCAUCAUCCCCGCCGGCUGCGGCUUCACGCUGCAGAACCGCGGCGCCAACUUCUCGCUGGACGCGAAGCACCCGAAUGCUCUGGCGCCCAGGAAGAGGCCUUACCACACGAUCAUUCCGGGACUGGUCACGAGUUUGCAGGAUAGCAGUCUGCACUCGGUCUUUGGCGUCAUGGGCGGGUUCAUGCAGCCGCAGGGACAUGUGCAGACGCUGCUUGGGCAGGUGCUGUGCGGGUUGAACCCGCAGCAGGCGUUGGAUGCCCCCAGGGUGUGUAUCGGGGCGGGAAUGCCGGAUGAGGGGGAUGUGUAUGAUGCGACGGUGUACGUGGAGGAGGGGAUGCCAGAGGAGACGGUGGAGGGGUUGAGGAAGUUGGGACAUAAGGUGGAGGUUGUGAAGGGUAUGGGGAGGGCGUUGUUUGGAAGGGGACAGAUUAUUCGGUGGACAAAGGAUAUUGAUGGGACGGGGGUGUGGUCGGCGGGAAGCGAUAUGAGAGGUGAUGGCGCUGCUUACCCGGCGUAGGGUUGAGGUAGUGAGUUUUCAAUGGGAGCGAUUGAGGUUUGGGCUAGCAAGAUGAGAU